GAAUUCAGGGUCAGUUCGUCCGGCAGAAGAGAACCUCUUCUUCCCGCACAUUUCGCAUCGCGUUCCAGGCUUCAUAGCGCACAGCGCCGCCGCGGCGAGGUAUCGGCAUGGACUAUGGCCAUGGCGAUGGCGAAUCCUGCACCUCUUCCAACCUUCUCCUCGCAAUCCCGAGCAUUCACCCCAAGCAUCUCACUGCGAAGCAGCAGAGCUAUAUCGCGCUCCCGAGCCCUAGCUCUAACCGCAACGACCGCGUGCUCAAUCCGCCUCCGCGUGCGGGCCGCCAAAGACUGUUCGCCCCCGUCGUAUCCGCUCUCUGAGGUUUUCCCCUACGUCGCCGCGGAGUGGCGGACCAUCGCGAAGGGGUGGGCGUGCGCCGCCGCUGCCGUGUACUGCCUCUCGCGCACGGUGCCCGCCGCGGGGCGCCUUCCGCGCGCUCUGGCCGCCGGCGUAGGCGGGGGCGUGUCGGCGGAGGUUUCGAGGGGCGUGGUCGCGCUCGCGGCUUUCGCCUCUGCGCGCGCGGCCGCGGCGUACGUGCAGCAGGCGUUGCUCUGGGAGGCGGCGCUGCGGGCGGUGUGGCGCCUCCGGGAGCGCGCCUUCGAGCGUUUGCUUGCGCGUGACCUCGCGUUUUUCGAUGGCAGAGAAGGGAUCGCCGCAGGAGACAUCGCGCACCGGAUCACAGAUGAGGCGGACGACGUUGCGGACGCUGUGUACUCUGUUCUCAAUACAAUUGUGCCGACAAGCUUGCAGUUGAUAGCAAUGGGUACUCAAAUGGUGGCAAUAAAUCCUCAGCUCUCAUUAGUUGCAGCAAUGGUAAUUCCAUGCAUGUCCAUAGUCAUUGCAAAGCUUGGUGAAAGACUUCGUCAAAUAUCCAAGGAGGCACAUCUUAGCCUCGCCAUGCUCGCAGCCUAUCUCAAUGAUGUACUUCCAUCGAUGCUCACUGUGAAGGUAAACAAUGGGGAGCACAAAGAGAUGUUACGAUUCCAUGAAUUGGCUUUUCUUGAUCUGAAGAAUAAUUUGGGUAAGAAGAAGAUGAAAGCUCUCAUACCUCAAGCUGUUCGUACUACAUACAUUGCAGGCCUGGUUGUGCUUUGUGCUGGUUCAGUAGCAGUUUCUGGAACCACAUUUGAUCCUGAGGGGUUUCUUUCUUUCCUAACAGCACUUGCUCUUUUUGUUGAGCCUAUUCAGGAUUUUGGCAAGGCAUAUAAUGAAUAUAAGCAAGGAGAACCAGCGUUAGAACGCAUAUUUGAUCUAACAAGGUUCAUCCCUGAGGUGAGGGAUAAACCCAGUGCACUUCAUUUAAAUUCUGUUAAGGGAGAUAUUAAGUUCCAUGAUGUUACAUUUAGAUAUGUUGCUGGUAUGCCACCAAUAGUAGAUGGUGUGAAUCUUCAUAUCAGAGCAGGAGAAACUAUUGCUAUUGUCGGACCAUCUGGUGGAGGGAAAACCACUCUUGCCAAAUUACUCCUCCGACUUUAUCAUCCACAAAGUGGUUAUAUAGCUCUGGACAACCAUGAUAUUCAAGACAUUCAGCUACAGUGCUUGAGAACACAUAUUGCGUUUGUUUCACAGGAUCCGAUGUUAUUUUCCGGGACAAUCGCUCAAAAUAUUGCAUAUGGCGACCCUGUGGGAGAUACUAAUAUGAGAAAAGUUGAGAAUGCUGCUAAGAUAGCCAAUGCCGAUGAGUUCAUUAAGAUAUUGCCAGAGGGAUAUGACUCGUAUGUAGGACAGAGAGGUUCUAGUUUAAGUGGCGGGCAAAAACAAAGGUUAUCUAUCGCAAGGGCAAUCUACCAGAACUCUUCCAUACUGGUACUGGAUGAAGCAACGUCUGCUCUGGAUAGCAGGUCUGAGCUGCUACUGAAAGAAGCACUGAUGAAUUUGAUGGCAAGCCACACUGUUGUCAUCAUUGCUCACCGGCUGGAAAUGAUCCUGAUGGCUGAUAGAAUUGUUUUACUAGAGGGCGGUAAAUUGCGAGAGAUCACGAGGUCGGCUUUCUUGUCCCUAGAUGGCCGCUUCGGUUCACCACCGGAUCUCCUGAGUCGAGAAUUAGGAGAGGCUUGAGACUACGAGGGAAAAGUGGUUUGUUGUGCUGCAAUGCGGACGUCGAGCCGCGGGCCCGCAGGCAUGAUCUGAUGAGUGAUCAGACGAUGGAAGCAGCAUGUUUCCGUGGACGCUUGUCGGCCAGAAAAGCUCCCUUGUAAUAAGCGCAUGCACUGCUUUCAGUUGUGCUCUGUGCCUUGAUUUGGGCUUCCAUAUCGCUGAACGUCAGAAUCAGGUACCAAACCAAGUGGUGCAGUUAACGAUAAUGCCACACAGGAGAGAAUCAGUAAAUUAAUGGUAUGAAAUGAUAGACUUGACUUAACGACAAGUAUAAAAUCAUGACUUGAUUUCAA